GCAACACAAGGUUUCCAUGUUCAUCAGACCUUCUCACCUCUUCUCGCUCAGCGGCUUCACCAUCCACUGAGGCCAUAACGCCGUGCUGAUGUAUGGUUCAGACCCUUCAACGGAUGGGGGACGGCUGAACAAUGACGCGACGCGUCGUGGGUAGCCAAUAGCGGGGGAGAUCGGAGCCCUGGUUCAGACCCUGGAUGAUCCUGACACGGCCUUCUCAUCCUCACCGAGAUCUUUAUUUUGCUGCACACCGCUCCACGUUCCUCAUCCAAUCCACCGGCACCUUCUACGCCUUCCUGCACCUUUCGCCUCAUCUGCGCUAUCAUAACUACCGUGCAACACCGCAGCGAUCAUGGCCGAAGAAAUUUCCUGGAAUGCGCUCGUCGCCAACGUACUCGAAUGGAAGGACCGCCUCGUCAACAACUCGGUCCAGUCUUGGGAGGAGAUGAGCGCACAACGCUGGCUUCGUAUCGUUGGCAUAGUUGGUGCUUACAUGCUCAUUCGUCCCUACCUACUUUCGCACGCCGAACGUAGCCGGAAGGCGCGCGAGGCCAAGGAUGCCGCAGAGCUGGGCCUCGAUGUUGAGACUGAGCUGUCGGCCAACGACUUCCGCGGCGGGAAAAAGAACAAAAAGGGCGAGGGUCUGGCGCAGCGAUCGACGCUGAGAUGAGGGGUGGGCCCACCGGGCAUGCAUUCCGCGGCGUUACUGGGUUUGCGACAAGCUUUACGAAGCUUUUGGGGAUACACAAAUACCUAAUGGAAUGCGACAAAGGAGCUGGGAGCUGCAGCAUCUGCACGAGCAUGCUCGAUCCAUUCUUUGAUGCAGACGCUGUGUUGACUGAGACAAGAUGACAGCAGACGUCGGAGCCAAGUACCACAGCUCUACUGAAACACUGUGGAUGAGACCGAACAGAAAUGCCC